AUGGUAGGGCAAGAGGUUGAAAGUGUAAACAUAUCAGUCGCAGCUAAGGUUGCAGCUUUUUUAUGCGGAUUUGGGCUGAUUGCUAUUGCUAUUCAGAAACUGGUGACCUUUAACAUCUUAGAUGGCCGUGACUUUUUCUUGACACUUUAUUAUUUAAUUUUUGGUGGAAUGGCUAUUGCUUCAGAAGUGAGGUGGAAUAAAAUUUUGGUUCCUUUUUACUUUCUGAAAUACUGCCUUGGCAAAGGAGCUUUCUUUUUAUUUGUAGCAACUAUCAUUUUUGAUGUGCAUUAUUGGUGGUUCAUUUUGAUGUCAGUUCUUUUUUUCCUUACUUCGGUUUUUUAUUUUAUUAUUGCGAUCGCUUGCAAAGAUAGGCUUGUGGAUAAAUCAGAAGAAGUUGAAGAAAGAGCAGGUGAUCACAGUGUAGAACAGCCAGUGUUUAAACCUGCAGAAAUUAGUAUGCAGCAAGAAAUAAGCGCUGCCAGUUAA